AUGUACAAAUAUACAUACAGUAGCACAGCAUUCAGACCCAACGCUAAGGCUGGGGUGGAGUCGUGCUGGGAGUGGCGCAGGGGCUCCGAGGCUCCGAGCCACACGCGGGAUGACAUCGUCGUUGCAGAUGUCGGAGCAGAGUGCUCCUGGGUCUUUGUGAGAGAUAUGAGUUAUGGAAAGAGGAUGGAAGAUGAGGGUGAAGAGUAG